AAACAUGCUAGAGAGAGGCGGGACCUAGGAUAUCAUAUGUCAUCAACUAAAAGCGCUUUGUUGUUCUUUCGGGAUCCAAAGACGGAGAAAAUAUAUUUUCAGUUUUCAACACUCUGGGUUAAGUGAAGAUAUUGUUUCAUUUGGUUACAUGUGAUCGAAAACCAGUGUAUGGAACCGGCGCCGUCUGGUGAAAAGUGGCGUAUCUGUGGCACAAAAUCUGAUCAUCGUUUAGUUAGCGUUAGCCACUCCUGGAGAGCAUAGUCCAGAUAGGAGCGGAAGGAAUUCCAGGCAUUGGGAAGAAGGGGAGAAAUCUGUGCUGAAGAUGCCUCAUGCAACUUGGAAAACAUUUUAUUUUACAGUUCCGCCUGGAAGCAUGGCAUUAUAACCUGAAGUAUGUGCUUGUUUGACUGAUACCACAUUGCAGGAGCUAUAUGAUGGUGUUUUUGUAACUGUAACCGUGUCAGUUUAACGAGUUAGCCACGUAGCUACAUAGCCUUCAGUAGAAAGGCAUUUAAAAUGGCGGAGGGUUGGCCCAUUCCUUCGGCCCUUGUCUUCAUGCUGCUGAGUUUGAGUGCCUGGGCCCAUGAGUCUUGUCCUACUCCCUGCUCGUGUUUAGAAGGACAAGAUAAUGCCAGUAUUCUAGACUGUAACAGGAAAAGGCUGUUGACGGCUCCAAUGGACCCACCAGAUGAGAUAACCCAAGUCACCAUGAAUCACAAUGAGCUUACUGUUCUGCCAUUUCUUGGAUAUGUUUCCUCAAACAUCACCUCACUGUCGCUAGUCCACAAUCGGAUCUCAGAGCUGUCAGUGCAUCAGCUGCAGCCAUAUGUUUCUCUGGAGACAUUGGACCUGACAUCCAACUCCAUCUCUGAGCUCAAAGUUGGAUCCUUCCCCUCCAUGCAACUGAAAUAUCUGAAUUUGAGUAAUAACAAGAUCAGUAUCCUUGAGCCUGGCUGCUUUGAAAACAUCUCCAGCACCCUGCUGGUGCUGAAGCUGAACAGGAACAGAUUAGCUGAGCUCUCAUCCAAAGUCUUCAUACUUCCACAGCUUCAGUUCCUUGAAAUGAAGCGUAACAAGAUCAAGAUAGUGAACAGCCUGACAUUCAAAGGCAUGGACUCACUGAAGUCACUGAAGAUGCAGCGGAACGGCAUCACUAAACUCUUGGAUGGAGCCUUUUUUGGACUUAACAACAUGGAAGAACUAGAGCUGGAGCACAACAACCUAACUGAGGUCAACAAAGGUUGGCUGUAUGGCCUGCACAUGCUGCGUAACUUGCGGGUCAGCCAGAAUGCUGUUGGCAUCAUCCGACCAGACGCCUGGGAGUUUUGCCAAAAGCUUGAGGAACUGGACUUGUCCUUCAAUCAUCUGACCAGACUUGAGGAGACAGCUUUCCUUGGGUUGGGUUUCCUGGAGACCCUGAAUUUGGGAGAGAACUCCAUUAGCCAUUUGGGAGAGGGGGUGUUCAGUGGCCUAGCAAGUCUGCGCACCCUAGACAUCCGCAAUAAUGAAAUCUCCUGGGCCAUUGAGGACUCGGUUGGUGUAUUUGAUGGAAUGAAGAAGCUGAACACACUAAUCCUACAACGGAACAAAAUCAGAUCCAUCACUAAGAAAGCAUUUGAAGGCUUGGAAGAGCUGGAACACCUGGACCUCAGUAAGAAUGGCAUCAUGUCAAUACACCCCGAGGCGUUGUCCCAUAUGAAGCUGAAAGUGUUUGUCCUAAACACGAGCAGCUUGCUGUGUGACUGCCACAUGCAGUGGUUAGGGCCUUGGCUGACUGACAACCAGUUCCAGCCGACUGUCUCUGCUGUCUGUGCUCAUCCUACCAGUCUACUCGGUCGCAACGUCCUGUCCGUCAGUCCGGAAGAGUUUGUUUGUGAUGAUUUCCCCAAGCCUCAGAUCACAACUCACCCAGAGACGUCUGUGGUGCUGCGGGGGAACAAUGUGACUCUCAGCUGUGUUGCCUCCAGCAGCAGUGAUUCGCCAAUGACCACAGCUUGGCGGAAGGAUGGGGAGGUGUUGUAUGAUGCAGAGGUGCAAAACUAUGCCCAGUACCAGGAGGGAGAGCUGAUCUACACCACUGUGCUUCACCUCCUUCACGUCAACUUCACUGACGAGGGGUGGUACCAGUGCGUGGUCUCCAAUCACUUUGGCUCCAACUACUCCCAUAGGGCCAAGCUUACUGUCAACGAGCUGCCAUCCUUUCUUAAGACUCCCAUGGAUCUCACAAUCCGGACUGGGACUAUGGCCAGGCUGGAGUGUGCCGCUGAAGGCCAUCCGUCGCCUCAGAUUGCUUGGCAGAAAGAUGGAGGCACUGACUUCCCUGCUGCCCGAGAACGCAGGAUGCAUGUGAUGCCAGAUGAUGACAUCUUCUUUAUUGCUAAUGUGAAGACCGAAGACAUGGGAGUGUACAGCUGCACAGCUCAAAAUGCAGCUGGCAGCCUUUCGGCAAACGCUACUCUCACCGUUCUGGAAACUCCAUCCUUCAUGCGGCCACUGGAGGACAGAACAGUGGCCCGUGGUGAAACUGCUGUGCUUCAGUGUAUAGCCAGAGGCAGCCCGGCGCCUCGUCUCAACUGGACCAAAGAUGAUGGGCCGUUGGUUCUCACAGAGCGCCACUUCUUUGCUGCUGCCAACCAGCUUCUUAUUAUAGUAGAUGCUGGUCCUGCUGAUGCUGGGAAAUAUACUUGCAUCAUGUCUAACACUCUGGGCACAGAGCGUGGCCACAUCUACCUGAGUGUGGCACCAUCACCAAACUGUGAUACUGGUGCGGGCUAUGACCAGGACGGCUGGACCACAGUGGGCAUAGUGGUUAUUGUGGUGGUGUGCUGUGUGGUGGGAACCUCCCUGGUCUGGGUCAUUGUCAUCUAUCACAUGCGCAGGAAGAGUGAGGACUACAGUAUCACCAACACAGAUGAGAUGAAUUUGCCAGCAGACAUCCCCAGCUAUCUGUCCUCUCAGGGUACCUUGUCAGAGCCUCAGGAAGGAUACAGUAACUCAGAGGCAGGCAGCCACCAGCAGCUCAUGCCUUCUCUCUCUCAUGGAUAUGUCCAUAAGGGCACAGAUGGUGUGUGUUAUGGAGACACGAGCAGCGAGGUGGAAGUGGAGGGGAAUGGCAUGCUGCACUGCAGAGUUGGCUCUUUGUUCACUGGCCGUAGCAGCUUCCACGCUGGAGAGCCCCUUGACGGACUAGCUGGAGUCACUACAGCUGGUGCAGGUCCGCUGGUCAUCUGCUCGGACUGCUACGACAAUGCCAACAUCUACUCUCGCACACGGGAGUACUGCCGUUAUGCCUAUCUUGGGGAGGACGACCUGCUGGACAAAACUCUGUCAGGCCUGAAGGAGAGCUUUAGUGAGCAUGCCCAGCACAAGGACACGGCGCUGGAGAGCCUCGUUAGCAACCACGACUCCUCUGUCUUUCUCACCUCACGUGACAAAAGGUUGAGCAGCCAUGGUCUCCCAGAGCGAUACGUUAACGACUCGCUUAGCAGAUCGUUCUGGGGAGAAGAGGAAGAUCUGUACUCGAAUCCCCCACAAGGAGUGUCCCAGCACCCAGUGACUGUACACAGAACACCACCUCUGACCUCAAAUGCUGAUGGGUCAGAGGAGCUGAGUGAAUCAGAGGCCGACUGUUUCCCCAGCCAGGGCGCACAGGACCACAGAAGUGCCUCCACUAGGACUAACCUUCAGGAGCAUCCUGCCUUCACAUAAUACUCUGCCCAAUCUGCCUCUGGCUCCUCGUUGCUACACCCCUCUCCCCUUGACUCACUACCUCCAUUCUGCCAAAGAUGCUCUUUUGUAUGUUUACACUUACACUCUAGAGGAAGUGUUAACAUUCUCCACUGUGGAAAGACUGCUGUGUCAGGCGGGAAAAAUAAUCCAGUGAUUAACGUGACCUGCUACUUGACACCUCCACCGCUGCAGUACCCCCCCUCCUCUACAUCCUUUACUCUUCUUUGUUCUCUUUCAAGAGAAAUCUAUGAAUGUAUGCUUCAGAGACCCGCAUCAGAUGCGGCCAUGAGAGCAAAUGUACAACAUGGUCAAGUCUUGAAAAGCUUUCUCCUCCGUCCCUGCUGCUGUGGGGCUGAAACUGUGUAACCGUGCACUACACACUAACAUUUGAGUCUUGUUUUUUUUUUUUUUUGACAUAGCCACCUGUUGGAGCAGCCUACAUGACUUUGAUAGAAAUUACAAACCACCUUUUCCCAUGUGGGAAAAUGGGUUUAGAUGGGGGACAAGUGUAGUUCCCUGACCAGCAGAUUGGUGCGGUUCAUGUAAGAAAACAUCGAAAGUGUCCGUCCCACAUUUCCACAGCUCUUCUGACUGACUCUAAACUGUGUAAACUGGUGUUGUGUUAUGCAAAUCCCAGAGACAGCGACACCAAUCUGUGGUGUAUACUAUGAAUAUAUAGGAAUAUAUCUUAUAUCAUGAUGAUAGUAUCAUGUUUAUCUGAUCUUGUUUUUGUCGUGUGUCACACGCAGUCAUCAAUUCAUUCACUUUGUGUAUUCAGAAUCGAAGCAGUUUGGAGGAGAGUUCAGUUCUUUUGCACAUGUGACAAUCAUAGAUUUGCUUGCCAUUUUCUAAUGGCUGUCUAUUUUGAUGGCCUUUUUAACAAGCAUUCUCAGUAACCUCAGUUAGGUAACAUCAGAGCAUAUGAGCGGAGUGGAGCCGUUUGCCCGCGCCGCUCCCCAACUCGAAGCUACACCAGGCCGCUCCACUCAUCGCUCCACGCUCAACUCGCACCUACCUUACUCACUCCAAAAAAGGGAAAGAAAUCUUCACGUUUUUCACUUUUAGUUUAAACCGUAGCCUUACAUCCCAAAAAAGCUGCAGAACAAUGAUUAUUUUUUGCCAAAUAGGAAUGAUUUAUUUCAAAAUUACAGUCAGGCCUAUUCAACAAGGAAUUUAACACUAAACAUCGUGUAAAAUUCAGCAAAUCAAUGGGCCUAAUUAAAUGAAGAUAUACAGUACAUCUAUAUGACCUUUCAGUUUCCUUUAUAAAGUACUUUACGACCUGGCAACGGCCAGUUUUUGACUGAAAAGUGUUCGAUGGCUGAGCAAGAUGUAUUCAUUCUGGGUCAGGCUUCAGGCUCGUGGUGCGAGCGGUAAUGCAACGAAAUUGGAGCAGGACAUAGGGUGACACGCCCUCCUUUUUAAAAAGCCGCUCUCUGCUCCCCGCUCACUUGAACUAUGCUCCGCUCACAUGCUCUGGGUGACAUUGUAGUUCAUAUACACGGUAUGCACUGAUAUGUUUUCCUUAUGUCUUACAGGCACUUAAUUUAACGGUGUAAACUUUAUUAUGCAGCGUGCAUGCUGUUUUACAUUGUGAGGAUUUGUCAUCGCGUUUUUUUUUUCCCUCAAAGGUUUCUCAAAGUUCACGAUCCUUGUGUAAUAUUGAUUAAACCUAGGUUUUCACUUGGACUGUGAAAAAUGAGAAUGUAUUGUAUUAUUUUAUAUAUGUAUGUGUGUGUACAUAAAGCUAGUUAUCUAUUAGAUUCCACAUCCUACUAGUCAGUUUGCAGAAUGGUUUGACACUCAACAUUUAAGCUUAUUCAUUUAAAGCCCUUGUAGCCUCAGCCUUAUCUGGACAUUUUGACAGAUUGGGUCACUUGACAACAUGGAAGACGUUUCAUGUAAAAGAAUAUUUCAUCAGCUUUGAUCUAAUGAUGUUUUGGUGCUUUAUACAUUUAUCGAACUACAGUUUCUAAGUUAUUAGGUACGCCUGGCUAACACAAAUGCCAUCUAAUACAGCAGUCCUGUGAUCGAUCCUUAAUCCUACUUUCAUGACGUUUGCAGUGUUCGGUUCAGUUGAAACCUGCCUAGAGAACUGUACCACAGUGUGCGCUGUUUUAAAUAACAUGUCUCUGUAUAAUGCAACGUCUCAAAAACCAUUAUAAAGCUGAAUCAUCACCUCUCUAACGGUUUCAAUGAGUAUUACAACCUUCAUGAAAGUAGUAUUUAAUGCCGGGCUGAUGAAUUAGCACUUGUUUUAGCCAGGUGGACCUAAUAACCUGCCAACUCAGUGUCUAUCAUAGUCCUUCGUCUUGGAUGUGCUGUCUGUCAACAAAUUGCCUCUAAUAUUCUCUUUUAAAUCUGACCAAGAUAGGAUUUGUCAUGUUGCUUUCUUCCCACUUUAGUAGUGGUAUACUGAGCGAUGACUGACGAUGAUUCAGACAAUAACAUUUCAUAGUGCUGAUCUGCAGUGUAGCAGGGUGAUGGUGUAGCUUGUUGCUAUAUUUUCCAUGUAAUGUGACUAAGUGUAACAUGGCCAAGCAAGUUGUUAGGUUGGAUCAAUAAUGACUUAAAAUUAACACAUUUUACUGUAUGUGUUGAGCAACAAAUGGCAUGUCUGUGCCUCCAUCUCCUCUGUGGUAUGUGCAUGUCGGUAUCACACUCUCCUUAUGGUUCUAACUUGUUUUCAUAUUUUGUCAAUCAUGUUUGCCCGUUAGCUACCCAGGUGGCACAUUCCAAGCCUUUUUAAGCUGUAAAUAUGAUUAAGUGGUUUUUUUUUUUUUCUUCUCUAAGACAAGUCUAAAACCAGCUUGUCUUUCCUGAGUUCCUCUGUAUUCAGACACUCCUUUGCCGUUUCUUGCUGUUUUCUGACUGUUGACCAAAGUCAUUCGUAUGCCCCUCUUGAGUGAUAGAGAAAUUAAAAUGAAAACUCGCGGCGAUAACUUGUUCUAAUGGAGGUACACGUCCGGGAAGCGUACAUCGAUCCAUUGUUCAGUAUUUUCCGCCAACACAGCAUAAUAUAAUGUGCAUUUUGUAUUGUUUUAUUCUCUGAACAUCCUUUAUUGACUUUAUACCAAAGCUUGAGAUCCAAUGCUGCUUUUUUGUAUUGACGUUUGGCAUUUUGUUUUGAAUAGUAUUUUUGACCUUGUUUACCUGUACAUUCUGUAAAGCAUGUCUAAAAAGCAUUUUUACGUAGCCAUUACUCAAACAUUAAACAUGGAUUCUGACGA